UAACCUCAUAAAGAUUCAUUAUAUUCGAGUCUUCACUCUAAAAUAGCAAUGAAGGUUGAAAGCUUUUAUAUUCUUCUGUGCUUUGUUAUACCAGCAGCUUCUUUUAAAUUCACAAAGUGGCCGAAUAAUCCACUGGUUGUGUAUUAUAGAAACAGGACAAAUGUUGAACUAAGAUGGGAGUGGAACCUGGAAGGAGGAGUAUUUAAUUUUUUAAAAAUCGAGAGAUAUAGAAAGGACAACGUCUUGGGCACAGAAACGCAAAUCGCUAAGUACUAUUCGAGUGGAACUGCCAGUGUAGAAGAAACCAAAUACAGCAUCAGCGUUCAAAACAGGGCGAAUGGAUCUGUAGUUUUUACUAUCAAAGACAUCACCAAUCAAGGCAUAAAUGAAGGCAAGGAUAAUAAUGGCGAGAAGAGUCGUGUAGACGUCAUGGAAGCGAAUAAAGAGUAUAUAUAUUCGAUCGAGGUGGACGAACAAACAUCAGGCAAAGCGUUUACAAACAGCGUCGCACUAAAAGUGCUCAGUAAGUAUUUUAAACGAAAGCUACUGGUAGGUAACAUAUAUAAUGAAGGAAACCUUUACAAACACCAAUUAGGCUUUAAAUAAUGGCAUGUUUUAUAUAGAGCGAAGAUUUUUAGCAAUUUAGAAACUUAGCAAAUUUUUUUUCGCGACAUAUCAAGCUUUACUCUAUAUGUUAGUGCACAGGCGGGCCGAGCUCUUGUCCUGUGGUGUCGUAUUACAGCGAGCGGGUCAUUUGAACGUUGCUUAUUAUAAAAUACUUGCUUAUGCUCUACAAAAGUAAACAGAAGCCAUCGGCUGAAUGUUCCAUAACAGGGAAAAGUUUAUAUUCAAAUUUGCAAACAUGAUCCUUGUGAAUUUUGUUUGCCGAAACUGGACGCUGUAUACCCCGGUUAGGAUCUGGAAAAGGUAACCGUCAUACAAUUCGGGCGCAGAGUUAUCCAUGGCGUGCCUCACGUGCCAGCCUAAGUGGAAAGUCAGAAGUGGUUUGAUUGUCAAAGAAAUUGUCUUCCAGCAUUCACGAUUUAGCAAGAAUGACCCUUUGAGCGUGCUGGAUAGAAGCAUUGGCAUGUGUUCUUUCAUUCUGCCGUGAAAUUAUUGACCGUAGCUUUAUUUUUUUCCAAUUUAUUGGGCUCCGAUUAGCGGCUGGUGUCGCCGUGAGUGUGCUGCUUUGGGAUUUUUUUAGUAGGGGGAACAUAGAAAUACGAAAACUCCGUCAAGACCAUAUAUACACCAACGAUGAAAUGACCCGCUCGUUGUAACACCACAGGACAAAAGCUUGGGCCGCCUGUGGUUAGUGUCGAAGUUGGAAUAUUUGGAUUGUGCGGAAAAGCGGCAAACAAAAAGGCCGUCGUUUUAUAACGAAUUGUUUAAAAUACUCAACACCUAGAUUGUUUGCUGACGACACAACAGCAGGAAAAUCAAUAAAUCAAACAGAACACUUUUUGAACCUCGACCUGAAAAGUAUAAAAAACGUGGCUAUCAGCAAAUAAACUAAGCCUCAACAUAGCCAAGACGGAAUAUGUUCUUAUCGGAUCUAGAAAUCGCAUUAAUAAAAGUCUCGAGAAUGAACCAAAUGWRGUAAUUGGAAAUGAUGWAGUUAAGAGAGUUCAAAGUACCAAAGUAUUAGGAGUAAACAUAGAUGAUAACCUUACUUUGGAAACACAUAUUGACGAAAUUAUAGCGAGAAAAGUAUCUUCCGGUAUUAGUGCUAUUAAAAGGCUUUUGCAAAACAAGAAACAUUGGUAUCUGUUUACAAUGCACUAAUGAUACCACAUUUUARAUACUGUUCUGAAKUAUGGGACUCACUAAGUACUGAAAGGGCUUUCAGAUCGGUUGCAAAGACUGCAAAACAGGUGCGCUAGGGUAAUCAUGCGUUGUCCGAAUGGACAGUCCGAAAUAGCAAUGAAAUCACUGGGUUGGACGCAUUUAGUCAAGCAUAGAUCUCAARUUAAGGCUGAGCUAAUGUUCAAAGUCCUCCAUAACCUUGCACCAAACAGACUUAUAGAAAUAUUUGAGGAGCCACUUGCAACCAAGUGUACUUACGACUUGCGUGACUAGUGUUCUACGAAAUUGUCAAUGUCCAGUCUCUUUCCGCAAUAAACUAUUAUCCCUUGG